UUCCAGUUUUACAAUUCUUUUGGAAGCUAAAGCCCUAAACCCCUAAUUCGAUCUAUCACACUACCUCCACCACCAGCCACCACCAGCCACCACCGUGACCACCGCUCGUGACGGCGGCGCGUCAGAUUAAAGCUCCUCAAUCCCUUACACUCUGCACUCUUUCAGCAGCAAACAAACGUUGAAUCAUUUUUCCAUAAAUACGUCCCCCAUUUUCAAGCAUCAGCUGUACAAUCCUUUGGCAAUGGUAAUUGUUGUAUUCUCUCAUUCGCUUAGGUGGUGAAAAAUUGGAAGCGGUGGAACCCUACUGCAAGCGAAUGUACGUUGUGUCGCUACAAUCUGUAACUUGUUAGCCUUGGGAAUGUACCAGUCAUGGUUUCGGGCCUUUUCCGGCGGAAAGAGCCGCCGCACCCUUGGUCUGCUCGCGAGAAACGACGCCGUACAAUACUUUGUGCACAAACCUUUUUCCAAAUUGAUCGGGAGUGGAGGAAGAAUCUUGUUAAAUGCCACCGGUGAAGUAAAAUUAGAAUAUGGGGGUACAACAAUAUGCGGCAUUGGAGCGACACCCUCCACGUUGAUUAAUCGGAUAUCACUUUGCGCACCGCAUUAUUCCUUUAGUCAAAAUGCAGUGAGUUUCUGCACAUUGCCAGAGCAUAAAGCUGACGUUGAGUUGCUGGAUUCUGUUGUUUCAUUGCCGUUGGGUAAGUCAAGCAGUGAAAUGGAAGAGUUUCAGGUUACUGCCGAUUACAAUGAUUGUGAUAAGCCAAAAAAAGCUAAGCCUACGUCUCGAAAAUCAAUUGAUUUCACCAAAAUUCGUAUCGAGAAGCUUCCAACUGUCCUUAUCAUAGGACGCCCAAAUGUUGGAAAGUCGGCAUUAUUCAACCGUUUGAUUCGAAGGAGGGAGGCGCUUGUUUACAACACCCCUAACGACCACGUUACGCGUGAUAUACGUGACGGGGUUGCUAAAUUGGGUGAUUUACGGUUUCGUAUACUUGAUUCAGCUGGACUGGAGGCCGAGGCUUCUUCAGGUUCUGUUCUCGGCAGAACUGCUGCAAUGACUGGAGAUGUGCUGGCAAAAUCCAAUUUUGCACUCUUUCUGAUAGAUGCAAGAGAUGGACUACUGCCCAUGGAUUUGGAUGUUGGGAAGUGGUUAAGAAAGCAUGCCCCCGGUAUAAAGCCUACUGUCAUAAUGAAUAAAGCCGAGCUGCUUGACGAUGCUUCUGGUUCUCUUGCUUCUGCUGCUGGUGAAGCUUAUACAUUGGGAUUUGGUGAUCCCAUUGCUUUAUCUGCUGAAACUGGAUUAGGAAUGACAGAGCUAUAUGAAGCUUUGAGGCCAUCUCUUGAGGAAUAUGUGCUCCAGCACAUAAAAGAUGAAGAUUUGCUAGAUGAUGGGUCCUCUGUGGACGAGGACAUUGACGCUAAGCUUCCAUUGCAGUUAGCAAUUGUAGGGAAACCAAAUGUAGGGAAGUCUACAUUGUUGAAUGCAUUACUUCAAGAAAAUCGAGUUUUGGUUGGGCCUGAAGCUGGUUUAACCAGAGAUUCUAUCCGAGUUCAAUUUCAGUUUGACGGGAGAAGCGUAUUUCUUGUUGAUACUGCUGGUUGGUUGGAGAGGACAAAACAGGACAAAGGAGCAUCAUCCUUGAGUAUUGUGCAAUCAAGGAAAAAUCUCAUGAGGGCCCACGUAGUUGCAUUAGUUCUUGAUGCAGCCGAGAUCAUAAAAGCUAGACGGAGCAUGAACCACGCCGAAGUGGUGAUAGCAAGGCGAUCUGUGGAAGAAGGGCGAGGUUUGGUCAUUGUUGUGAACAAGAUGGAUCUUUUAAAUUCGAAAAUGUACGAGAGAGUGAUUAAAGCCGUACCUGAAGAAGUUCAGACUGUUAUACCGCAGGUGACGGGUAUACCUGUAGUGUUUGUUUCUGCACUUGAGGGAAAAGGCCGUUUGUCUGUUAUGCGCCAAGUUGUUGAUACGUAUGACAAAUGGUGUCGCAGAUUGUCAACCGCUCUUCUAAACCGCUGGUUACGCAAGGUUAUGAGCAGACAUUCUUGGAAAGAUUCUUCUGCACAACCAAAGAUUAAAUAUUUCACUCAGGUGAAGGCCCGCCCCCCGACUUUUGUUGCCUUUGUGAGUGGCAAAAUGAAGCUAUCAGAAACCGAUUUGAGGUUCUUAACAAAGUCAUUAAAAGAAGACUUUGACUUGGGUGGAAUUCCUGUUCGUAUAAUGCAGAGGAAUGUUCCCAGGCGUUCCGAAGGUCAAAGCAAUAAUACUACAAGCAAGAACUCACGGUUUGCUGUAAGAACAAACGAGCGCAUGUUGUCUGAUAAAAGAAACCCGAAAGUCGUUGAUUUAGACAAAACCGUUUCUGCAUGAAAAAAAAACCCUUAACUACGUUUGUGUAUAGUUCAUUCUUUGUGUAAAAUUUUGUAGCACUUGUGUUUUUGACAAGCGAAAAUUUUGGCAGAUGAUUAUAUGUUUGAUUUUUCGAUUUAUUUUAC